CCGUUUCCAUGGCAACGGUCGUUUUUACAAACAGGCGAGCAAACGUUGGUGACCGUUUGAUUUUCUGUUUGGUGGAGCAACGGAGGAUAUGCCACAUUUAGAGAAAGAAUUGGACGCUUGUUGAGAAGUUAUGGAAGAAGCUGGAAAAGAUUUUCUGACGAAACCCACCGUUAGUAUUUUAAGUUCCGAGCAGCAAGAGAAACUGCGACAGUUCAAGAUCCAGACGAGAAACAACAACGAGAAGUAUUUGAGAGCACAUCCAGAAGUGGAAGAAAUUGUUGGUGAAUUUCUAAGCAGCAGCAGCUUGACCAUAUUCCCCCUCCAGGAAGGUGCCACAGCCAAACACAGAGCAAGAAACUUGCUGAUCAAAAGGCCGUCUGACAUCCGUGAGUUUGCUGCAGAUCACUUCGCUUCCCUAAAUGUUCCUUCUGGCUCCGUAAUAAAAGGAAACCGAGACAUGGAUUGAAAGAUCCAACAACAUCCUCCUUGUACUUUUCUUGAGACACAGAUCCAUGUAGGCACUGGUUCUGAGGUUACAACAGUGGUGAUCCUUUAUGUUUGUGUCCAUAUUAUUCAUCAUCAAAUUCCUAGAAAUGCCUCAAAGGAUCAAACUAAUGCGUGAUUGUGAAAAGCAGAGGCAGUCCAAUGGAUGUUACACCAUGCUCUUUGACACUUAAGCCAAUUAAUUUUGACAGGAUUAUGAAGGCGUGUCAUGUGCAUAUUUUAAUGUGACUUUGCAACAGUUGACAUUUUGUAAUAUCCUUUGGCCUCAUGUGGCUGUUGGCUUACAGGGACUAUUGACUUCUCAUGAAGUACAACUUGCUUCAAAAGUAUUUAUGUUUCUAUUCCCACAACUUUCUGUGCUUCAUGAUAAAACAGCAAAAACACUGGUAGAUGUCAUUUCUGUUAGAGAAGGUUUACGGAUAUUUGUCGAGAGUGCAGAACACUUCUCUGUCUAUAAAGAGCCUUUUAGCAUGCUGCCAUUCUGAUGUCUCGACACCACGUUUACCUACUUCUUUCCAUGAAGAUCUGAAUGGAGCUUUUAGUCUGUAUUUAUCUCCUCUUGUUUGUUUUAGUUGAGUAAAACAAAUUAGGUAAUGCUGUAGUGGGUGGAGCGCAUCCAUUUUCUGGUCCAUGUUGUCUUUUCCUGACUCAUCUUUCUGACUCAUCCUCAUUGGUUUUUGUGAAUUGUGUUUUAAAAUGCAGUAAUUGAAGCAGUUUUACAGAUAAUAAAAUAAUUAUGGCAGUUUUCUCACAAAGAAUCAAUCAAUUAAAAACUCAAUUUAAAACAAUA